AUGGGGGUCACUGACCUACAAAUGGACACCCAGCAGCUGGAUACAUUAAUCUUCCAGCUCUUAAGUACGCGAAUGGAGAGUAAGUAUCCUAUGGAAGCAAUAAUAGAAUAUGAUACACUUGUUUCACUUACCGAAGCGGCACAAGAAGUAUUAUCGGAAGAAAAAACUGUACUCCAGCUGCAAGGAGACAUUUAUGCCGUAGGCGAUAUUCAUGGAUCAAUAGACGAUCUGAUUCGCAUAUUUGAAAAGUGUGGUUAUCCUCCAAAACAGAAGUACAUAUUCUUAGGAGAUUAUGUCGAUCGCGGCGAAUAUGGACUGGAGGUUGUCUCCUUAUUAUUAGCAUUAAAGGUAAAGUACCCCGAUUGUGUUUAUUUAUUACGCGGUAAUCAUGAAAUUGAGCGAAUUUCAUCAUUUUAUGGAUUUUAUGAUGAGAUUGCACUCAAGUAUUCUCUCGACUUAUACAAGAAAAUCCAUUACACAUUUAACUUCCUGCCAAUUGCUGCAGUUAUACAGAAAAAAGCAUUUUGCGUUCAUGGCGGUCUCGGACCGAACAUUCCAAAAAUAGAAGAUUUAAUAAAGUUAAACAAGCCAGAGGACGUCUCCGGUGAUAAUGUCUUUGUUGACAUGCUAUGGAGCGAUCCUAGAGACCAAACAAUGAGAUUUCAUCCGUCGAAACGUGGAAGCGGCUUCUACUUCAAUAAAGAUGCACUCCAAGACUUCCUUACACUAAAUAAUCUACAGUAUAUGAUACGUUCCCACGAAAUGUGCCAAAAUGGAUUCGAUAAGCCGUUCACCAAUGAUAGCUGCAUUACAAUUUUCAGUAAUACAGACUACUGCGGCUUAAAGAAUGACGCCACAGUUCUCCAUAUUCAUCCCGACGGUACAAAUAAUCUCUUAUUUAUUCCUUAUCUGACCCCUGAGGAAAAGCAAAAGCAUCGAGUCGUACUUCCAGAAUGGCUCUUAGAGUUGAAUUUGAAUACAAAUAUCUCUUCUGCUUCCUCCGGUGUUGAUUCCGACCUUAGCGAGUCAGAAGAAGAAAUGUUUGCAUUAUACUUGUCUAGUGUUGCUUAA